AGUGGUUCGGGAGUCGCAGCAGGAUCCAGGAUGUGUUCAGGUGGAUCAGAUCAGGGUUCUGGAAUGGGACCCAGAUUCAGUUCCAGAUCUACAUCCAAGCCCUGGCUGCUAAUCGUGCAGCUGCUGGUCUGGUGCUUGGUGCUCGCUCCUCCAGUUGGUGGCCACAGUAACUUCUCAUCUCUAUCAGAUGUGGUGAUGUCUGAGGGCCUGUCUGAUUUCCACAGCACCGACUCACCUCUGGGACCGGGAGCAGAGAAUCUGAUCCAGACCCCAGAGCGAGUCCCACGUCUGGUGCAGGAGACCGUGAACAAGCCUCUGGUGCUUCUGGACUCCCAGAAGCUGAAGCACUCGAGCAAGUUGAGACACAAGCAAGACAGAAGUCCUCUCCCGCCGCCCACCAACUCCUCAGCGGCCGCUCGCGAGCUCCCAGCGCUGCCCCCCCGAUGUAUCCACGUGACCUCAAUAAACGUGGCCUUCAAGUACAUCAACACGGUGAUGUCCUGCGUGAUCUUUGCUGUGGGGAUCAUUGGAAACGCCACGCUGCUGAGGAUCAUCUGCCAAAACAAAAGCAUGAGGAACGGACCCAACGCUCUGAUCGCCAGCCUGGCCCUGGGAGACCUGAUCUACAUCGCCAUCGACAUCCCCAUCAACAUCUACAAGCUCCUGGUGAUGCGGUGGCCUUUUGCCGACAGUGUGUUCGGCCUCUUCCUCUGCAAACUGCUCCCCUUCCUGCAGAAAGCUUCGGUCGGCAUCACCGUCCUCAACCUGUGCAUGCUGAGUGUGGACAGGUAUCGCGCGGUGGUGUCCUGGUCGCGGGUCCAGGGCACAGGUGUUCCUUUGGUCACAGCGGUGGAGAUAGUGGCGAUCUGGGUGCUGUCCCUCGUGCUCGCCGUCCCGGAGGCGGUCGGAUUCAACAUGGUCAACUUCGACUACAACAACGUCACCAUCACGACCUGCAUGCUGGAGCCCAGGACGCCUUUUCUGGCUUUCUACCGGGAAGCGAAGGACUGGUGGUUGUUUGGUUUCUACUUCUGCGUCCCUCUCAUCUGCUCUGUGGUUUUCUACGGCCUGAUGACCUGCGAGAUGCUCCGACACCAGAAAGGAAGUCUGAAGGUCUCACUGAGCGAGCACCUCAAACAGCGUAGAGAAGUAGCGAAAGCCGUUUUCUGUCUGGUGCUGAUCUUCGCUCUGUGCUGGUUCCCACUGCAUCUGAGUCGACUGCUGAAAAAAACCAUCUACAGAUCCCAUGAUGCUCGUCGCUGUGACUUCUUAAAUUUCCUGCUGGUGUUGGACUACUUCAGCAUCAACAUGGCCACCAUCAACUCCUGCAUCAACCCCAUCAUCCUCUUCUUCGUCUCCAAGAAGUUCAAAAACUGCUUCAAGUCCUGUCUGUGUUGCUGUUUUUAUUCUGGCCCUGUCUCUAACAGUUUGAUGCCUCUCCACCAUGGGACGAGUGUGCAGUACAAACACCCUGAACACUGAGCGAGAGCAGACGUCCAACACCUGCACUGACGGACACAUCUGGCCUCUAAUGCUCAUUAUCAGUCUUCUAAUCAUAAUUCUAUAUUAAUAUAUUAUGAACUAUAUGGUUGAAAGUAUGUGGACACCUUUGUGAUCAGAGGCAGUUUUUUGGGCGGGGGCUGGGUACUGAUGAAGUUAAACCUAAUGUUUUCAGCUUGCAGUGAUAUUUGCUGGUCAUGUAUUUAUAAAAUUUUAUAUAUAAAAUAAUUAUCAGCGUCUCUGCUUAUUGAAAGAAAGAAAACGCUUAUACAAUCCACUUGCACCCCCAAGAGGCAGAUCGAUUUCAUUACACCUACAACAGGAACCUGCCGAGUUGCUAAAUAACUGGUUAAUGCUGAUAUUGAUUAUUGAUAUUCAUCAGUUUUCCAAGUGGGACUAAAGAAGUGUAAAGGUCAGAGGUCGACUGACGAAAAUAUUUAAAAUGUGUAUAUGUAAUAUCAUGAAUUAUAAAUUACUUUUGUG